AUGGGUCGAAACGACGCCGGUCGGUCGGCGGUGACGGAGGUGCACCUUCGCGAGCUGAUUGUGCUGAACCAGGACACCGGGUUGUGGCAGCCGCAUGAAUAUGAGAAGCUUGAGCUCUGGGGAUGGGCCUUCCCUGUGGUGGCGAACCAGCGGCUGGAGAUCCGCCCCAACUUCCUGGGCAUGGACCUCACGCAAGCGGGCGUGAACUGGGCUUUCGCUGACUUGAUGCAGCAGAAGGAGUCCAAUGCGCUGAAGGCCAAACAAGUGGCAGACCCCGAGUGGCUGCAGCUCGGCUUGGCCUUUUGGAUGGAUUAUGAUCACGUGAAGCUGAAGAAUCCCUACUCUUGGUACGUGGGGACACGCUAUGGUGAGACCGCCGAACUGAAAGCCUUGGAAGACGAGGAGUACAAGCCCUACCUUUCGGUACCGGAGCCCUUGGAAACACCUGAGAACUUGCCGUCCAUGACCCACGGAAUGAAGGACAAGAAGAGUUGGGCCAUGAGCUUCCGCUUCCCUUUGCCGGCUGGAAACAGCUGGGAGCAACAGCCGCUCAGUGCCCACCUGGAGGCACGAAAGUGCCCAGAUGAGGGCUGCUUGCAAGGUUUGCCGGAUCGGCAGCAGAAUUGGUCUCACUACAUCAGGUGGAGUGAGAAGUUUGGCGACGUCCAGGGACAGGCGGUGGAGAUCCAAAAGGAAGACUGGAUCCUCUACGACAUGGACGUGCAAGAAUUGGUGAACCUCACCAUCUAUGGCAAGUUGUCCUUUGAUGACAGCGCCGAUCGCAUUCUGCAAUCAGGCUCUAUCCUGGUCUGGGGAACCAUGGAAAUUGGAACUCCGGAGAAGCCCUUCGGCUUGGAGACGAAGAAGACGAUGAGGAUCAAGCUCAAGGGCUAUGUGUUGAACACCGAGGAGUAUGUCUACGUGGAAGAACAAUCUCUUUGGGGCAAGGUGAUCGCGGUGCCUGGUACUUUCAACACCUAUGGCGCGCCCAUCGAGCAGACCUGGCUGCGCCUGGCCAGCACCAUCGCGGGCAGCGACGAGAGCGCCUGUGUGACGAACACCUCAGGGCCCUUGGAUUGGCCGGUGGGGAGCGAAGUGGCCUUCUCGGUGACGGAGUUUGAUAAUCCUUGGCGGGAAUCCAAGAGCCGCAUCUUGACGCAAGAUCCUGAAUACGAUGCAGAGAACGACUGUUGGAGGAUCCACUGGAGCGGCUCCCUGGGCGAGCGCCGCUUCGCCGAGGAUGUGCCUGUGAAUGACGAGGGCAAGACGGUGGCCCUGCGGGCUGCUGUAGCUCGUUUGGAUCGAACGAUCAUCAUCGAGUCGGCCAACAUGGACCAGACCGGCGGAAGCAUGUACGGUGGGCACAUCGAGGUCUUCGAUGUGGCUUUGGGGGACCUCGCGGGCUCCAGCGUGGUGGGCGAGCUCAACAUGCAGUACACACGCUUUCACUACUUGGGCAAGGGCGCGCUGUCGGCGGCAGUGAAGGUGACCUACUCAUCCAACUUUGAGCCUCCACCAGUGCUGAUUUUCCAUGGCAAUUCCUGGACGGAGUCUGUCGAGUAUGCCUUGCACUUGGAAUCGGCCAACGUGCCUGUGUUGAUCACCAACAACGUCAUGUUCCGUUCCAAGAACGGCGGCAUUUUCUCCCAACAGGGCUCAAGAGCACUGCAGAUCAAGGACAACUGCAUCAUUGGUUUGUGGUUGGCAGAUACAGCUCCUCGUAUGACCUUGCAGAACGAAGAUGACGUAGUGGUACCACAGUACGCCGGCAUCCGCUUGGAUGAGUUGCCGGUGAGGAUGCUUGGUAACUUGGUGUCCGGCUCGCGGGACAUGGGCUAUCUCACUCCGGCGGAGCCCUGCCCCCCACGGGCCAUCUUCAACAACGAGGCGGCGGGCGUCAUCAUCGGCGUCUACUUGCUGACCGCCAAGGGAAGCUCUUGCCAAACGUCCAAUCUUUGGACAGUGUGGAAAGCAGCUCAUGUGGGCAUCUACCUCUCUGACUUCACAGCGCCCAGAACCAUCAUCUCCAAUGUGGUGGUCUCUGAUUCGCAUAUGGGUAUCUUGCCUUACAUGAGCGUGGGCUCUGCCUUCAGGCGAAUCUACAUCCAGAACUCCAUCAUCAUGGGCACCUCACCUGCUGGCUCUGACUGUACCAAGUCAGCUUGGUGUCGCACGCAGACGCUCAACGACCCCUACAUGGACACUUGCAACUCCAUGUAUAUUGGUGCAGAUCUGCGACGUGUGGGGUUCGUGGCGGCGAUCCAGACAGCCAACAAGAAGAGCUGCUGGACUACCAUGGAGUACUCUGCCUGCCGGCUCAUGUCCACUGCGCAGCCGAAGCUCAAUGAUUGUCACCAGCCCUAUGAGAAGGACAUCCACAUGCAGAAGGGCUUGGGCUGGACCUUCUUCACGGACACCACCUUUGCGUACUGGAAGAGCUCCGAUUGCGGCCUCUCGUCCAGCGCGAUCUCGGUGAAUAUGUGGGCCGCCGAGGUGAGCUUCCCAGCAACCUUCACUCGCACCACAUGGUACCAGUCCGACCCUGACGCGCGCUUUGAGUUGAGCACCGAACGAUUGGAUUCAGCGUAUGCCGGCCGUGCCAGUCCAUGUAAGAGCACCGGCGGUGGCUGCAUGGGCUUGGAUCAGAUGCUGAUCCAAGAUACCGAUGGCACUUUGACAGGACGGGUGCCGCUCGCGACGCUCGACCGCCGAUCUGAGACCGCUUCGUUGGGAGCGGCGAAGUCAGGAAUGGGUGCUGAGCAUGCCAGCAUCCUGCCCUACACACCCCGCACGGAUAUCGUGUGGGCUUCGAUGUGCAACAACAGCCUCCAUGACACCACCAUUGGCGCACAGGCGACGAGGGCAGUGAGACUGAUCCUGAACAGAGGCGGGGCAAAGGACGUGAAGUUUGGUCCUUUGGUGUUGGCCCCAGCGGAACAUCCGUCGAACGAGUCGGAGGUCCUCACGCCCGAUGAGGAGGAAGACAACGGCUUUGAGGGCGGUGUCUUGAGUAGCCGGGAGUCCCGGGAGCUCCGCUACUGGAACACGCAAACCACAGAGUCUGUGCUGCUGGAAAUCUUCUAUCCGGACUCACGUGGUGUGAACGUCUUCGUGGGCAACGCCAAGAAGCCUGAUAUGGCCCUGAAGCUGGGCCGCAAGCCCACACUAGACGACGAGCAUGGAGCCCAUGUGGUGGAUGCUCAAGCGCUGCGCUUGUACGUGACCAUGCGGGGCUCACAAGCCGGAUUCGAUGCCCGACAGGACCUCACCAUCCGGCGCACGCCGACGGUGAAGUUGAAGAUGAACAUCGAGAUCUCCAUCGAAGAGUUCAACGGGCCGACCUUCCAGACGAACUUGGCCAUUCUGCUGGGCAUCCCUCCGGAGCGGAUCAUUGUGGCCUCUGUCCAGGCUCGUCGUCGUUUGAAGCUGGUGGAGAUGACAGAAGACGCAGAGCUGUCAUGCUUUGAGGAUCACUGUCAGCGAGGCCGUCGCUUGGCCACGGUGGACCAGACGGCACUGGACAUCAGCAUCGAACCUUCAGCCGACGCGGCAGCAGCUGCCACGGGUGGCGACUCAUCCAGUUCAGGCACCGAUGCCUUGAAUGCCCAAGCGUCCGAACUGGGUGAGGUCUCCAACAACCUGCAAGCCUUAUCCACUGGCAGUGAGUUGGCGCAAGCGGCUGGCGGAGAGGUGGUCGUGAGUGAUCUGGAGGUCCCGGCGGCACCCGACGAGGCCGCCUUGGAGGAGGUGCCCAGCGAAGAGGAUACGGCCGAAGUGCAGAUCGUAGACGUCACCGCCACCGCCGCCAGCAGUGCCGCCGCAGAGGUCUCGGCCGAGGCAGGCUGUAGUGCAGCCUUUGGUGCCACUGUCACCGUUGGCCAAACCGAAGGCAUUGCCUAUUUGGAGGCCGAUCUGGACCACGGUGGCUCCGCCACGGUGUGA